CAGGAUGAUAACAAGUACGCUCGCGUUACAACUGCAAGCAGACGUGACGAAAAGUGACAAAGGGUUAACAAAAGCUGAUGCUUAUUUUGACAUCCUAUAGUUACAUUUCCCUAGAUUUGUAAGGUUUGUGUUUAUUUUUUUUUUCAGUUAAACGCAUACCAAGUUUAAACUUCGAAUAAUAAACAAAAACGAAUAAAUUACGAAAAUGAGUAAUUCAACUAUUUCUGAUCAAUCACUCAUGGACAAAUCUAUGCGAAGUGUCUUCGUCGGGAAUAUCCCGUACGAAGCUACGGAAGAGAAUUUAAAGGAUAUUUUUAGUGAAGUUGGACCAGUGCUUUCAUUUAAAUUAGUAUUUGACCGAGAAACAGGCAAACCUAAGGGAUAUGGCUUCUGCGAAUAUAAAGAUCAAGAAACAGCUCUUAGCGCUAUGAGAAAUUUGAAUGGUUAUGAAAUUGGUGGAAGAACAUUACGUGUUGAUAAUGCUUGUACUGAAAAGAGUCGAAUGGAAAUGCAGAGUCUCCUUCAAGGGCAAAAUACUGAAAAUCCAUAUGGAGAAGCGGUGCAAGCAGAUAAGGCCCCUGAAGCUAUAAGUAAAGCUGUAGCGUCUUUGCCACCUGAGCAGAUGUUUGAACUUAUGAAACAGAUGAAACUCUGUGUACAAAAUAAUCCAAACGAAGCACGUCAAAUGCUACUUCAGAACCCCCAACUAGCAUAUGCUUUGCUACAAGCUCAAGUAGUGAUGAGAAUAGUAGACCCUCACACAGCAGUUAAUAUGUUACAUAAAGCAAAUCCAAUUCCAGGUGUGUUAACACCAUCUGAAAAGCCAGUUGCACAUCCAGUUGUGCCAAGAAUUGAACAACCAUGGGCUCCUUCGUGUCCAGCCCCUGUUACAAAUCCACCAGCGACAAUAUUUGCUGGACAAGAUGUUGAUCUGCGCACAUUGGAUAGACAAAUGGAUCCUCGUUUAGCUAGAAUGGAUCAAGAUUUACGAGGUCCCCAACAAGUACAGCCAACACCUGUUAGUGUACCAUCAGUUGCAACUGCAACUACAGACCCUAGGGGACUCAACACAUUUAAUGUUACAGAUAAUGCACUUCCUGUUGAAGGAGUUGAGAGUUUCUGUCGCGAUCCAAGAACAGAUAGAUUUGGAAGAGAUCCUAGAGAUCCCAGGGAUCCAAGAAUGCCUAUUGAUCCCAGAAUUACCAAAGCUAAUCCAUCAAUACCAGUAGCAUCACCGGUGGUACCAAGACCUGUUGCUGCGCCAACUGUUCAACCGUCGAAUAUUGUAGCAGGUACUGUUACAGCUUCUGCUGCUGCAUUAACAACAUCUGCAACAUCUGCAACUUCAAGACUUAUGGCAGGCAUGUCUCCGGCUGGAAAUAUACCUAGCGGAGCAUCUGAUCAAGAGAAGGCGGCUUUAAUAAUGCAAGUACUGCAAUUAUCAGAUGAACAAAUCGCUAUGUUACCACCCGAACAAAGACAAAGUAUUCUAGUGCUUAAAGAACAAAUUGCUAAAAGUACACAACGUUAAUAUCUUUUUUUAAAAUAAACGUAUAAACCUAUCUAAAAAUACCAAUAUUAUAUUAUAUAAAUUUAAUCUGGUACAGUAAAUAAAACUUA